ACUCACAUUGUCCCAUCGACACCUAGCUGAUCGUACCUCUCCUUUCAACAUGACCUACAGCUGCUGUUCUAGAAGCUUCUCCUCUUAUGGAGGUCAACUGUGCUACCCCUCCUCCUGUGGCUCUUCCUUCCCACGCCAACUGACCCACAGAACUAACUUCUGCUCCCCCAGAAACUGCCAUCUGGGUUCCUCUUUCGGUCAUGGCUGCCACCAGAACUGUUUCCAGCCCAUCAGAUGCCAGACUUCCCAUGUGGUGCACAGCUCCUGCCAGCGUCCCUGCUACCGUCCAAGUGUGUCCAGCUUCCGCAGUCCUUGUAGGAUCACAUAUGCUGGCUCUCUUGGUUUUGGGUCCAGAAGCUGCCAUUCCCAGGGCUAUGGGUCAAGGAGCUUCUACACUUCAGGCUGUGGCUCUAGCUGCUGUGGCUCUAGCUGCUUUAGACCUGUGAGUUACAGAGUCUGUGGCUGUCCUUCUUUUGGUUAUGGAUCUAGAUUCUGUCACCCAACCUAUGUGACUUCUAGAAACUUCCAGUCUUCUUGUCACAGACCCACCUGUGGAUCAACCAAGUGGAGAUCGAGUUGCUGAAAUUCCUGAUUAGAAAUGAAUUGUCUGAGUUAACCUGGUGCUACUAUCAUAGGGUUUGAAGACAAGGUCCACUCAACUAAGAAAUGACAGAAUAACCAAAGUAUAAAUUCAAAUGUCUUUCAAAAUGAACAAUUACCUAUUCAUAAAUUCUUGGAGUGAGUAUGGGAGUUGAGUUAUAUUUGACCUAAUAAAAUUAUUAAUUCUU